AUGCUAGGAGGAUUGCAUUUCACAUCGUGGGACACCAAUCGUCCAAAGACCGCUCCCGUUACGUCGUCCCCGAUGGCGGUAAGCGAAGACGCUUGUGGUAUCCUAACAUCGGAUGACGACUUUAGUAGUACCUCCAUUAAGCGAAAUCCCUUUGUAAAUGAAACACUCCAAAGCAUUUCCACUAAAGCUGGCAUGUCAAAUACUGCCCAAGCUGGUAAUUGGAACCCGUUUCUUAUGGAAAUGUCAGGCAAAUCACCGUUAUCGAAGAAUCAAACAACAGCUACUGAAAUUCGAUUUUCGCAUAUCGGUAAUCCGAGGGUCAUAGAGACCAGCUUACUAGAUUGCCCGGAACAUAAUAAGCCCUCAAUUUCAAUUCCAGACAAUGAAGUAAUCGAGACAUACAAAGUGGAAGAAUAUCUAGACACCGAGCCGGCUCACAGCUUAUCGGAUGCAGAGAAAUCGGCAGCAAACACAAUUAGAAGCAUUAACGAGGUCAACAAAGAAGAGAAUGGAUGUAAACUUUUGAUUGGGAAGCUCCAGAGCGACAUUCCUCAGUCAUUUAGAUCAGCCUCAAAGAAUAUGACCUCCCCCUUGCUUAAACUAAAUGGAGCCAUCCAGUUAAGUAGUUUUUCAGAGGGUUCAGCAGAAAUUGAAAUUAAUAAUGAUGAUCAGGGCGUCAACAAAGAAGUAGAAGACCAAAAUGUCCAGGAAGGAAUUCACAGCACAACUGCCGAAGCCAGUGUAUUAAAAGGGUUUUCUAACAUCUCCCCUGCCAGGAGUUCUACGCUUCAGUUGAAUGUUCCGAAGGUAUCAACCAUUAAUGGGCUGGUCGGUGAGAAAGCAGAGGCUGGUAUUUCAAGAACUUCUAAUCGAUUUACCUUUUCUGAUGCAUUGCUUACGGGAGAAGAAAAUGGCGCGAAAUUCCAACCUCCAUUUAUUGCAGUUCCAAAGGACUGUGCUGUGCUAGUGAUCGGUCCGAAUAAAUUACUAACUUCGUUACAAUCAAAUGUCAUCCAACACUUAAAGCAAGAUUCAGUGAGUCAAGACUUGGGAGGUGGUCCUUAUAGCGCUCCGCUAGAAAAUGGCGCGGAUACACUUGCUGAGUCCUCUAUGUCUAAUCCACGAAGCUCUUCCAUGUUUAUAAUCCAAAGAAAUGAAGGAGAUAACUCCUUAGAUCAAAAAAAAAUCCUUGAAACCAAUGAGGGUCCUAUGUCAAAACUACUUGAAGGCAGUGGUAAUUACCCAAGGACGGAAAUCGGUGGAUCAAAGGCAUCAUCUGCUUGCCUUGCGUCUUCACCAGAGAAGCCAACGAUAACCAUGGCGACCACCUAUCCACAAGCCAAUCGUGAAAAAAAAGGUACAGUAGCGGGAGAAGGAAUUCAAUGCGUCUCAACAGUAGGCAGCAGCUACUUCAAACCCAUUUCCGCAUCAACCUCACUCCAAAGAACAAAAGAGGAGCCCCAAUACACUUCAUUAAAACUAGAAAGGAAAAUUCCAGACACUUUGGAUGCUUCAACAUCAAAAAAUCCGUCAGUUUUAUCAGUCUAUAAUCGGGACGGAAUAGAAAGAGGAUCCUUGAUUCCAGGAUUCGGUCCUAUGGGACCCGAAUCAAAGACACCCAUAAAGCUGCCAUUCGCACCAAUAAGAGAACCAAAUGUAACCUCUAUGGCCUUUAGCGGUUCACAAUUUGGCGGACUUCAUCGACAGAUCGGUGAGAGCCAAGGAGGUAGUAGGACUUACACCAAACUCACGUCCAAGCUCUCCAGCUCCAUUUCUGCGAGGAGUUCCAAAAACAAUCGAUGCAAACUGGCGCAUUGCGAAGGUUCAAGAAGGCCUUUGUCCCCAUCAAGUUUCCAGAUAGGGGAAAGGGAUGAUUUUACCCCACUUGCGAGUCAGAAGUGUCGACCGUGUCGAUUGAUUGUUGCGCAUCAUACGCGGUCAUCCCUCCUCCACCGCAACGUUCCAGUAUUCGAUUUUGGGGCGGUGGAUCCCGAGAUCUAUAUGUCGUUCACAGACAAUGAAGACAAAAAAAGGAGCGUGGUACGGUAUUGGGAUAAAAUUUUUGGCUGUUCCUCUAACAAGGCGGGAGAGCAGUGCAACAAGGUCUCUGAGAUGCUAUUACCUCCUUCAAAGUAG